AUGGCUGAAGGUAAAAAAUUUCUGCCUAAAAAACAGCCUCUGGUAUCUUUGGUGUUACGUUCAUCAGUUGUUGGACCCCAACAAGUGAAACCAACUUUUAAUAAAGAAUCUAUUCCUUCCAUUUCAAACACUAAGACACCAAUAUCUGAACCUCGGUCAUCUGUUCUAUUUCAACAAAAAUCUUUGGAAACACCGACAACGACUACAACAACACUACGAAGCUCUGAUGAUAAUAGUAAUACAAAUACAACAUCAACUCCUACUCUGAACAAAUCUUCUUCACCGAAUUUUAAUGAGAUAAAAAGUUCGAAAAUAAAACAACAAACAGGUGAUGAUGCUAAUGGAUGUCUGAAUAAUUUGACUCCAAAACAAAAGAAUUUUUUAAAACUAACUAUUAUUUUUCUACUGAUUAUUGGCGCAGCUCUUAUUGCUAUUAUUCCACCUGUCUAUGUAUUUGUCAUUAGUCGAACAAAUUCACAAUCUUCAUUUACCAAUAUGACUAAAUCCGUCUGUUCUACUACAACAUGUAUUGGUCAAGAAACAUCUUAUCGUUCUUCGAUGGUUACAGCUCUCUAUCCUUUUGAUGGAAAUUCUAAUGACUUAACAGGAUAUGCAACAGGAACACCAUUGGGUUCUUCAACACUUAAUUAUGUCACCAACUCUUAUGUUGGUAGUCAGGCAUUAAAUAUUAGUUCUGCUUAUUCUCAAUAUAUUCAAAUUCCAAAUGUUAAUUUAGCUGAACGAAGUUUUACCAUAGAAGUUUGGUUGUAUCCAAUGAGUUCUCCCAUAUUAGAUGAUCAUGGAAUAUUUUGUCAAUGUGAUUCAAAUUCAAAAUGUCUCUCAAUCAGUUUAAGAAAUGCUCGUUUUACACUUUCUUUUGAUUCAAUGAAUACUAAUAGUACAUUAAUUGGUUCAACUCUAAUUUCAAACUCCGACUGGACACAUUUGACCGUUGUUUAUGAUGCAGUAUUAUAUCAACAACAAAUCUAUGUCAAUGGUCGUAUUGAUGCUAUGUCAAACGGUAUUGUUGCUCCUUAUCAACGAACUUCAUCAGGAUUAACAACAACUAUUGGAAAAAGUUUAUCAUCAGCUUAUGGAACAUCCUAUUUUCAAGGGUAA